UGGCGGACAGAGCUCGAGCUGUGAAAUCGCUCUCGGCAAGUUCGCGGAGUUGUGGCUCACUGUGGACCAUGGGCAUGAUGGUGAGACCCGUACUUAUUGUUUUAUGUGUUGGGAUAAUGACCCAUGUCGCUUUGGGGGACGAAGGACUAGAUUUAGACGAGAUAGAACGUGCUAAUGUUGCCGCAGGCAGUCGUGAUUGUUACGAUGCAAAAGGAAAACCCCAGCGAUGUAUGCCGGAAUUCGUAAACGCUGCUUACAAUUUAGAUGUGGAAGCUACCAACACGUGUGGUGUCACCCGCCCCAUAGAAUAUUGUCUUCAAACGGGUGCUACUCGAGUACGGAAAUCGUGUCACGAAUGUAACAAUGCGGACCCCAGACUCCGUCACCCACCCCACUUCAUGACUGACUUCAGCAACAACCAAAACUGGACAUGGUGGCAGUCAGAAACGAUGUUACAGGGCAUGCAGUACCCCAACGUGGUAAACCUGACUCUGGAUCUCAAAAAAGCCUACGAUAUCACCUAUGUGAGGCUGCGUUUCCACUCCCCACGUCCAGAGAGUUUUGCAAUUUACAAGCGUACCUCUAAGGACAGUGACUGGAUCCCAUACCAGUUUUAUAGUGCAUCCUGUCGCAGUACAUACAACCUACCACGCAAGGCUGUGAUCACGUAUGAGAAUGAGGACCAGGCCAUUUGUACCGAUUAUUACAGUGACAUUUCCCCCCUCACCAGGGCCAGUGUCCCUUUCAGUACAUUGGAGGGCAGGCCAGGUGCUUUUGAGUUCGAAGAAAGUCCAAAAUUGCAGGAAUGGGUAACAGCCUCAGACAUCAGGAUCGUGUUGACACGGAUGAACACCUUUGGAGAUGAAGUGUUUGGUGAUCCCCAGGUCCUCAAGUCCUACUUCUAUGCAAUCUCGGACUUAGCUGUUGGUGCCAGGUGUAAGUGUAAUGGCCAUGCCAGUGCCUGUAACAAGGUGGAAGUAGAUGGAGAUAUUCAGCUUGUCUGUGACUGUCACCACAAUACCACCGGUCCUAACUGUGACCAGUGUCUACCAACCCACAAUGAUCGACCCUGGGGAAGGGCCACUGAGCUAAAUGCACACGAAUGUCUCCGCUGUGACUGCAAUGGCAAGGCUGAUGGUUGUUACUUUGAUGCCGACUUGUUUGCCCGAACUGGGCAUGGUGGUUAUUGUAUUGACUGUCGUGACAAUACUGAUGGACCAAAGUGUGAGAGAUGUAAAGACAACCAUUACCGACGUCCAGAGGACAACAUGUGUACAGCCUGUAACUGUAACCCUGUAGGAUCUGAAGACCUCCAGUGUGACAGUAUUGGCCGGUGUCAGUGUAAGCCUGGGGUGACCGGUGAUAAGUGUGACCGCUGCGAGGUUGGACAUUAUGACUUUGGCCAGUAUGGCUGCAAGCCAUGUGGCUGUAACGUGGCAGGCAGCCUGGUUGUGGUGAACAACUUCCCUACCUGUAAUCCCCUGGACGGUAACUGUCAGUGUAAGGAACUGGUGGAGGGCCGCACCUGUGACAGGUGUAAAGUGGGAUAUUUUAACCUGAACACAGACAAUGAGUUUGGAUGUACUUCCUGUUUUUGUUACGGCCAUUCAGAGGGAUGUUCCAGUGCUGCAGGCUACUAUGCUAGGAGUAUCACAUCAGACUUUGAGACAGGCAGACAAAGGUGGACAGCAGGAGACCGUGCCAACAAUGUCAUAGAAACAUCUUACGAUGGCUUCCUACAGAAUAUUGGUGUAUCAUCUGAUGACGACCAGCCCAUCUACUUCCUCGCUCCUGCCCGUUAUCUUGGAGACCAUAGAUUCAGCUACAACCAAUACCUGACCUUUGACCUACGUAUUGGCCAGGACCGUCCACGACCUCUUGCUGUGGAUAUUGUACUAGAAGGAUCCGGCCAGCGAAUCUCCACCGCUAUCUACACACAGUCCAACCCUAUGCCUGGCCUUCAAAGCCAGACAUACACAUUCCGGCUCCAUCAACACCCUAACUACCAAUGGACCCCACGUCUCCAGCCUAGAGAUUUCAUUGCAAUCCUUGCCAACCUCACUGCCAUCAAAAUUCGUGCCACAUAUAGUGACGGAGGUGUUGGUUUCCUGGACAAUGUUCGUCUGGACACUGCCAGUCUGGGGUCGAACGGAGGGGAGUCAGCCCCCUGGGUGGAGCAGUGUACCUGUCCUGAGGGAUAUGUAGGCCAGUUCUGUGAGUCCUGUGCAGCUGGCUUCAUGAGAUCACCAGCAUAUGGAGGCCCCUUCUCCAGCUGUGUCCCCUGUCAAUGUAACAGCCACUCUGAGAGCUGUGCUCCAGACUCGGGCCGAUGUAGAUGUGAACACAACACAGAGGGACAGAACUGUGAGAUGUGUAUUAAAGGUUACUAUGGUAACCCUCGCCAGGGUACGCCCGACGACUGUCAGGUGUGUCCAUGUCCUAAUGGAGGAGCCUGUGAGCAGCUGCCCGGGGGAGAUGUUGUUUGUAUGGAGUGUGAAGACGGACAUGGAGGUAACCUGUGUGAUAUUUGUUUGGAUGGUUACUAUGGUGAUCCGGCUGGUUUGAAUGGCUUGGCACGCCCCUGUGAGAAGUGUUUCUGCAAUGAGAAUGUGGACACCAAUGCUGUGGGAAACUGUGAUAGGACGUCCGGAGAAUGUCUUAAGUGUAUCUAUAACACCGCUGGAUUUAGCUGUGAAAAGUGUCUGCCCAGUUACUACGGAGAUGCACUUGCUGAAGAGAAGGGUGAUUGUCAAGCCUGCAACUGUUACCCACCAGGCACUCUGAACACAGGGGGACUAUUGUGUGACCCCACCAAUGGACAGUGUCCCUGUCUGCCCCACGUUGUUGGACGCAAGUGUGAUGCCUGUGAGGCUGGCUUCUGGAACUUGGACAGUGGAGCAGGAUGUGAGGCUUGUGACUGUCUACCGAUGGGGUCCCUCAACAGUUCAUGUGAAGUGGGCGGAGGACAGUGUCAAUGUAAGCCUGGAGUGACAGGACGUCGCUGUGACCAGUGUAAACCAUUCUACUAUGGCUUCUCUGACGCUGGCUGUACAGCCUGUAACUGUGAUCCUGAGGGCUCUAUCAACCUGCAGUGUGACAAUGAUGGCAGAUGUUCCUGUCAGCCCAACAUUGAGGGUCAACACUGUGACCGCUGUAUGGAAAAUAAGUACAACCUUACAGCUGGCUGUUUAGAUUGCCCUGCCUGUUACACCUUGGUCCAAGACCGUGUCAACGCUCACCGUGGGAAACUUGCUGAUCUCAACAACCUUAUCAUCAACAUUGGCAACAACCCAAGUGCCUUCAAUGACACAGAGUUCCUUAGUUACAUGAAUCAGGUCAACGACUCCGUCAUCAUGCUGCUGGACGAGGCAAGGGGAGCAGUCAGUGACAAUGGGACUUUAGGACGCCAGUUGUCUGACCUUAAGAUGGCUGUUCAAGAUGUUCUGGCAAGGGCAGGAAUUAUCACAUCCAACAUCUACUCGGCCGAGCAGUCGUCUCAGGACAGUCAGCAGGACGUACAGCAAGCACAGGAUGCGAUCAGCCGUGCUGAACAAACCCUGCAGGCUGCAGAGACCUACAUAGAUAUGGAGGGUCGCAAGGCACUUCAGCAGGCACAGAAUGCCCUCAACCAGUUUGGUCAACAGUCUGCUCAGAUGACAGAAAUAGCCAACAAGGCUCGCAAUGAGUCUAUGAAACAAAAGGAAGAAGCAGAAAGGAUUGAAGGUAUUGCCAACAUGGCUCUCAACAUGUCCUACGAAGCCCGUCGUAUGGCUGAGGAAAUCCUGAGGCAGCCAGACCAGACAAAGGAUGAUAUUCAACGUCUCGCCCAGGAAUAUGAGGAGACAGACCGCCUGUACAACAGGACAAAACUGUUUGCUGACAAUGUAAAAGAGCGUGCCAAGGAAGCUUAUGAAGAAGCUCUGGAAUUGUAUGCUGAUGCAACUAAGAUCAAACUCCCCAACAUUGAUGUACCUACUCUCAUAGGCAACACCUCUCAGAUAAAGGCUGAGGCCAAUGACAUUAAGGAGGAGGCAGAACGUCUCAUCCAACAGAACAAACAGCUCCUCAUGGAUGUUGACAGUCAGAAAGUCGAGGCUAAUGGCCUUCUUGAGAGUGUGAUGGGUAAACAACAGAGAAUUGACAUACUGUUGGCAGAGGUGGACGCAGCUCGAGCCAUGGCCAGGGAGGCUGUAGACAAGGCAGAAAAGACACUUCAGGAGGCAAACAACACCUUACAGACACUACUUGCUUUUGAUAAAGAAGUACAGAACAGUAAGGGAGAGGCAGACGCAGCCCUACAGAAGAUCCCACAGAUAGAAAAUAUGAUCCAGGAGGCAGAAAAUAAAACUAAGGAGGCCAGUGAUGCCCUAACUGGGGCCGAGAAUGAUGCCAAUAUGGCGCUGGCGCUGGCUAGACAGGCACAGGACACUGCACAGAAUGCUUCACAGGCUGCCAGCAGGAUCCGUUCAGAGGCAGAUGUGACGAAGGUCCGCGCCAUGAAUCUCAAGGACGAGGCUGACCGUCUGGCUGGACAGGUGAAUACCACCGAUGUCAAACUGACCAACCUGGAGAAUCAGGCUGAUGAGGACUCUAGGCUUAUAGGAGAGGCAUUACAGAAGGCAGCUCAAGCAAAGAAUGAUGCAAAGAAUGUGUCGGAACAGGUGAUUGCAGCCCUGGAUACUGUAAAGAAUAUCUCCCUCCUCCUCGUACAACUAGAUGAUGUGGACAUUGCCAAACUUGAUGCCCUUCAGACUGCACUUGACAGUGCUGAGCAGGAGCUGAUUGAUGCUGACCUCGAUAAUCAAUACAUGAAACUAGAGAAAGCCAACGAUGAAAUCAAACGUCUGGUAGCCGAGCAUGAGAAUGAUUACAACAUGCUAAAGGAGGAUGUGGACAAUAUAGAACAAAUCAAACUCUCCUUGCCAGACGGCUGCUUCAAAAACAUUGACAUUGAGUCUGCACCUGGCCAGUAAUUACAGCAAAGAUAUUCAUAGGACAGAGGUUAGACUGGAGAGGUCAAUGGGUUAUGGGUCAAAUGUGAAAAGUUCAAAUGUAUGAUGGGGAAAAAAUCAAAUGUCAUGGAAUCAGUCAACAGUUAAAGAGAGAUUGUGGUUAGUGUUGUUGGGCUGAGCUCAUUACAAACCACCUCUGUAUAAGCCGGUGAUACUACCAAAUUAUCUGUUAGCAUUGCCUUGGCUCAGGGAAAUAUCCUCCAUGGUCGAGGAAAUAUAUCUGAGGAAUCACAUCCUCCUGGAGAGAUUUCCUCUGAACCAGGCUCUGUAAGGUCAUCAAUACUAACUACUCCAGGUAAAGAGCAAAUACUCCACAAAACUUACUCAUAAGUGACAUGUUAUUGUUAGAUCAUACGAGUAGUAAUAUGUGGAUCCUCUCUGUAAGUAUCCAGGUAUGAAAGCGUGUGAUACCUAGGGGAUCUGUAUCCACACGUCUGUAAGGGGUGUCAGGUUACCUGUGCCCAAGUGAGAAAGUGUGAGUGUUGGUGAGAAUGUCUGGAUCACACAAUGUUGAUGUAUCCCUGUCUUACCUGUCUGUUGUUGGACAUCAAACACAGCAACGAACAAGUGUAACUUAACCUACUAUGUAACAUUUCCGCAGUACUUAGAAUCUCUGGAUGACUUCAGUAAUAUUUAACUAUUAAAAUAUAUGGAAAUCCAUUUUAUGAACAUUUUGUAUGUUGAAUUUUUUAAAUCAAUAUGUUUCUUAAUCAAGGAUGUGAAAAUCUGCAAAACUAAUGAUUAUAAGUGAUCUGAAGUGUAACAUAUAUUUCAUCUGUAAUUUCUGUCAGACUUAGGUUGUCAUGUUUGCUUUCAUUUUCCUAGCAUUUAUUAUGAUUAGGUUGUGGCCAGCAGUGACUACAAUUUCCCAGUUACUGUAGGUUGUAAGCGAUACAUUUGUUGGCUGUGUGGAACCUCCUUGAUAUUACUGUUAUUUACUGCAUUUACAAUUAUCCUGUCAACUCAAAAAAAUAGUCAUGAUGGACAGUCUCAUUAACUGAAGGGUAGACAUGAACAGUCCGAUUAACUGUUAAGGGUAGACAGCAUUUUGUUUUCAUUUUAACAGUACAUGUACUCCAAAAUAUUUGGUGAAAAUCAAUUUAAACCAACUAUGUACAUGUACUGUAAGUUGUGAGCCUUCACAUGACUUUUUCUGUGUGGAAACUUGACUUAAUAUUUUGUGGUUCUGCCACAUUUCUGUUGUCCUAGUAUUUCAUAUGGUGCUAUAUAAAACAUGUGUACUUGUACACAAACUCAUAUCUCUAUCAUUUUUACAGGUUUGAUUGUGUGGACACUAUUUGUACAUUGUACAGGCGAUUUCUUACUGAUUAGUGAACUUUAUCUGUGCACAAACCAUGGUUGGAUGUCAGACCCUAUUUCUUACUGAUUAGUGAACUUUAUCUGUACACAAACCAUGGUUGUAUGUCAGACCCUAUUUCUUACUGAUUAGUGAACAUUAUCUGUACACAAACCAUGGUUGUAUGUCAGACCCUAUUUCUUACUGAUUAGUGAACAUUAUCUGUACACAAACCAUGGUUGUAUGUCAGACCCUAUUUCUUACUGAUUAGUGAACAUUAUCUGUACACAAACCAUGGUUGGAUGUCAGACCCUAUUUCUUUAAUUUUUUUUAAAUUACGGUGAUAUCAAAUUACAUAAUUUUUAUUCAAAUUAUACCAAAGAAAAUUGUCAUGUUGACAAAUUUUAUAUAAAUAUAUUUAUCGUAAUAUUAGAUUUUUAGAAGUUUGUAUUAGAACUAUGAUAUGUGUGAUAUUUUGUAUUUUAAUCCUGAACAAAUAUACAGUUGUAUUUUAUCAUGAACAUGUCUUGUUUUGUUCAGUGUAAAGGUGAUGUGGUAAUUUAAUUCUGUGUAAAGAACAGGACAUGGCUUAAUCCAUCUAUAACACAGUUGUGUAUUGGAGGGUAAGCUUUCACAAUAUAGGGCAUCUAUGUGGACUGUCUCGCCCUGAUGUAAACCUCAGUAUACAAAUGUACCUAGUGUCUGUAGAGUGGACUGUCUUGUCCUCAUGUAAACUUAAGUAGUGUCUGUAGAUACCUAAAAAAUCACCACCGGUUAUCAUGAUAUGAUAGAAAAGAAAAGUAAUAAAUAUUUGUCAUUUAGAGUGAUUUUUGUCAGUUUUACCUUAAUAUGCAUAAUUGAUUUUUAGAAAAUGAAUGAUUGUUGUUCAUGUCUGUUAUCAUCAUUGAUUGAUGUUUGUAGAAAAUGGAUAAUAAAUGAUUCUUGUGUUUUUAUUGGGAGUGCAUGUUCAUGUACUUUAGCUUUCUGUUUCUUAGAUGUUAGUAAAAUGUCAUUAAGAAUAUUCGAAUCAAAGGUAUCUUUUUGACAUUUUAUUUGUGCCAAAUAUUUAAGCCAUAUUAUAAGGUAAUUCUGCUAGCUGAGAUGCACCUACAUUUUACUGAAACUUUAAAUGUAACUAUUAGUUUUGCAAAAUAAAAUCUUUAUCUUUCGAA